AUCGACUCAAACAUCACUUUUCUCGCUCUCCCGUCCCUUUUCAUAGACCCUUUUUUUCCCUCCUCUCACCACCAAUGCUGUGUUCCUACUGUAUACAUUGAGCUUCUCUACCAAAAAGACCCUGUGUUUCCAAGGGUCUGGCUAUCUUGCCGAACACAAAUCCCCAGAUAUUCAUUCGAUACAUCCGUCGGUACCGCUGAUCACUGUGACUACUCGUCCACUUGCUCGCGCAGCUAUACACAAUAUACUGGAACAAGUCAUAUCCCGACCGCAGAAACUAUACCGGGACCAAUCUAGGCGUCGACCCUGACUAUCUCCUCCGCAAGCACCUGCGCUGUCUCCUUCACUUGCAAGAGAGAGAAACGCUCCCCCAUCUACUCAUCAUUGUCCAAGGCCAACCACAGCAUUUGUGAACCUUGAGCUUUUGAUCAGUCCACGAGCCCUUUCUCAGGCUCGUCUCCAAUAAUUCAUUUUGGGACCAGCGGCCAGUCCGUUGGGCGAGUGAGAGUUGCGUCAAACAAUGGAUGUUCAGACGCAACAACGAGGACCACGUAUCUUCUCGAUCCUGAACGACAACGACUGUCCUUCGUUUGUUAUCCGUCACCAGCAACCGUCUUCUCCUGCUUCUGCGAAGGCCUCACCCUCGAUAUCCCUGCGACAGAGGGUCGAGAGGCCUCACCUCCCUCGCCAGGCCGGCUACACCCGUGCCUCUUCCUUCUCCUCCACCGGAUCCACGCCUCCUCUUCUGCGACAAUCCUCUUCCGAGUCCAGCUCGAGCAUGGACUCUUCGCCAUCACCCAUCACGCCGGCAUACAGCUAUGUUGACAAUACCGUGCUACCUUAUGAUCCGCUACUGCGCCAAGACCUGACGGGCUACCUACCUUCUCCAUCCACCAUCACUCCAUUUCUGGAACAACAACUGAUGAUCGCUCCGAACAUGACUGAUCCUCAUUACCCUGGCAAGGCCACCAUUAUUCCGCCGCUCACCCUUGCUCAAUAUCCCAUCGUCCCUACGUCCGUCCACCCUAGCCUUCCGCCUCUGGCUGUUCCUUCUCCGGCCACCCUACACACACCACCCACGUCCGCACCUGCGCCGUCCAAUCAGCCCACGACCUCACCAACCACGAACGCCGCCCCUCCUCCGAAGAAGAACAAAUACCCCUGCCCUUAUUCCCAGUCACAUAAUUGUCAGGCUACAUUCACCACCUCGGGCCACGCUGCGCGUCAUGGAAAGAAGCACACUGGCGAGAAGGGGGUCCAUUGCCCCGUCUGCAACAAAGCCUUUACGCGCAAGGACAACAUGAAACAGCAUGAGCGCACACACAAGGGGUCUCAGUCCGGUAGCAACAGUGACGAUUCUGCGCGUCGAAGCAAGGCUGCCAUCACCAAAGACGCGCAGAAAGCCAAGCAAGCCAAGAAGCACGACUCCAUGACCUCAGAGGCCAGCCGUCGAUCCAGCCUGAUCCAUUCUCCUCUUUCCGAGGUCACCUCUCUUGCACCUACAGCUGUUGAGACGCCUGUCCUACUUACUGACGAGUCGACUUUUUAUCCCGAGCCUCCUCAAAUGCUCAUGCCUAUACAGACCAUCCCAGAAGGCGUGUCUCCAAAUUCUCUCUAUCCCGCUCUGGGCGAUGAUACCUUACUCAACGGUGGUUCAAUGCUCCAACAGCCAAGCAUGAACAAGUCCGCCGAGAAUGGCCUGGCUGCCCACGGUCUCAUGCCACCGACUCUGAUCCGAGGAUUCUCAGACCUGGAUACUCUCGCGCAGGCCGCAGAGAGCUUUGACCCUUAUUAUCCACAAUCACAAGGCCUGUAAUACCACCAUAAUCCACCUCAAUUCUCCUUCUAAUGAAAGAUGACGACGACUAUCUUGGGCGGCUAAUUGCUUUAAUACUCUAUAAACAGCGCUGGCGUUUCUACGGAUAUUGCACACGAAAAUACAGGUGUCCAUGCCUUUAAUGAAAACGACUUUCUUUCAGUGGUUUCUUCGAGUAGGACAGACCUGAUGAUAGCAAGACGUCAAUCUUGGUCUUGUGUUAUCAUACUCUGCUGUGAGGAACCGCAGAGGAAGAUGGGUCCCAUGCCACCAUUCUGUCACAAUCAAAGAUACCCGCGAGUUUCAUGGUUUUCAAUGUAUUUCUGUGAUCUGUAUCGAUUGCAAUUUCUGUCUAGGAGAACGGGUGGUGAAUCAAAGAAACAAGCACGAUUCACAACUUGGAGCUUUUCUAAUGGGACGGGAAAGGAGGUCUCUGCGAAGAGAAAGGAAUAUGUGCCAGGAAUGAGCGGAUAGCUAUAUUCGUUGCAUGCAAUGCAAAGACCAGUGCAAAGCAAUACUCUGCCUCGUGUCCAGACGUUUACUGAGUGCACUUCCUUCAUCCUUCAUCUUUCCAAGUACCUCGCAACCCGUUUAGGACUGAGUCGGAUUGAUCUUGGGUAUUUGUAG